GUGAAGAAGCGAAGAGUUGAUCUUCGUUUCAUAUUUGAAGCGCACGUGUUACAAAAAAAAACCAAAAUUAUUUGAAAAAAAAUCAUUCAAUUAUUUUUACUUAUCAUUUUUUCUUUUUGUAAAAAAUUAUUGUUAUUCAAUGAUUGAUUAAAAUGCAAAACAUGGAUUUUUGACAAACUGCCAAAAAUAUUGAAAGUGAAGAAAACUAACUUUAUUAGUGUUGAAAAUUAGAAAUGCAGUUACUAUCCACAUUCAUGACGAGACAUCUAAAACGUGGUACUUCCCUUAAAAAAGGGAAACGAGAGGGAAGUGGAAGUUGUAGCCCAAUUGAGGAGUGCCCAUUUGAAGAAGGGGGACCUUUUAGGCCCCUAAACGAAUCUGUCAGCAACGGGGCCUCUGGGUCUGUCAAUAUGACCCCUGAUGAUUCUGCUCCUGAUGAAGAAUUUGCUUUCGCAGUUACCCAAAAAACACAAAGAGAUGCUGAAAUAGUACGAGGAUCAUUUUAUUUAGGAGUAGCUUUAACAAUAGCAUGGAUAGUUGGAGCUGCAGGACUAUCAUUGGCAUGGCUAGUUUUAGUUUUGGCUGUGGCAGGUACAAUAGUCAAAGGAAGACUAUCACGAUUAUUGCAAACAGCACUCCAUCACGAUUUAGCAAGAUUAAGAAGAAGAAGAGCUCUUUACAAAGACGAAACUGCCGAAUGGCUCAGUCUUCUUGUAAAUCGAUGGUGGAGGUUCAGUGCUGGAAGUAUUUUUUCACUAGCAAAAGAAAGACUCGAGCCUCUUUUGAAUGAAGCAAAACCUGGAAUUCUUGGACCCUUGGAAUUGAGGGAGUUGACACUAGGUGAACAAACACCCUGUCUCACUAGAAUAAGGACCCUCGACUACAGUGGAGAUGACGACACCCUUGGAAAUCGUCCUGGUUCAACGAAAUUAUCAAUCGAAGCCGAUUUACGAUUGGAUUGCGAGCAAUUUCGAAUGCUAAUCACCACAAGACUCUUUGGAAAGGGUGUCGGAAUGGAUGUUGAUUUGGCGGUGGAAAAAUUAUCACUAUCGGGAACAAUUUUGGCGACCCUAACAUUAGAUUCAAUGGCACCGUUUCCACAUGCAACGCAUUUGAGCGUAAGUUUUAUCGAAAAACCCGAUGUUUGGUUCAGUGUGAAAGUAUUAAAGGCAGUUCAAAUGAUGGAGGUGCCAUUGGUAAAAACAUGGAUUCAUGCAGUUGUCUCUGAUGCUCUUGCAAGUUGGCUAGUUGAUCCAGGUCAUUUAGAACUUGAUCUCAGGGCACAUGAAAGACCUGGACCUGGUUUUGAUAGUGUUAUAAAUUCUAUUCCCCAAGGUGUACUCACCGUGACCUUGAGCCAAAGUGGAUGUCCCGCAACGUUGAACGACGAAGUGAGAUGGCUAGUUGUGACAAUUGGUGAUCAAAGAAGAGUCACAGCCCAUUUAAAUUCAACUUGGACUGAAAAUGUCUCGUUUCUUGUUGGUUCAUUAGAUAAUGAAAGGAUCAGCAUAAAAUUAAAAGCAAAAAGACUCGUUAGCACCAUCACCUUGGCACAAUUUGAAUUAGCUCUGGGAGUUUACAACUGGGAAAGUUCACAAGUAGUCGAGACAGUUUUACAACAGAAAAAACCUUCAAGAAAUAGCGCUAAUAUACCAAAUAUUAAUGCAAAAUUGGAAUAUGCAGCUUUACCAAAAUUGGAUCCUGAUUUACCACAACCAACUCUUACAGAUGAUGUAAAUACACAUUCUGCAGUCACACGAAAAAAUUCGUUUCGAAAACAGAGAGCAGGAGUCCUGGUUGUUUACAUUCACUCAGCUGAGGAUCUCAACAGUGAUCCAUCGCAAUGCAAUCCUUAUUGCAUGCUGUUCAACAACCGUAAAAAGGUUAAAACAACUCACUACAUUAGAGGCACAACAUCGCCACGUUGGGAGGUCAGAACAGAGUUCCUGGUUCAAGAUUACACACAACUCUCACUAAGUUUUGUCAUUUAUUCAUGGAAUAUAUCAAAAAUGUCCGAUACCGAUAUGCUUGGUCUAGCUAUGCUUUCAUUAUCUCAGGACACGAGGUGGAUUGUAAAGAAAGAAUUGGUCCUAAGUGGCUCUACAAACAUAUCAACAAUGACAGUAUCAGUUUUAUUUUACCCUGUAAAAAGUGUUCAACAAGUAGUCACGAGUAGAAGAAACAGUGUAAUUCCACCAUCGAUAGAUGAAGAACCAAAGACAAAAAGAAACAGUCUACCUUGGAUGCAACAAGCUAAACUACUACUAUCACACAGAGACGUGGAUCCAACAUCCUCUGAUAUUUCCAGUUUACUUUCAACUGGAAGUGGUCUAAUGGAAGUUUCACUUCUUCGAGCUAAGGAUUUAGUAGCCAAGGAUUUAAAUGGAUUCAGCGAUCCAUAUUGUGAAUUGAAACUCAACAAUGAAACAAAAUACAAAAGUAGUAUCAAAAAGAAAACAUUAAAUCCCUGUUGGGAUGAAAGUUCUAUCAUGGGUUUACCAAGAAAUGGAGAAACUUUAGACGUGAUAUUAUGGGAUCACGACACUUUUGGCAUGAAAGAUUACUUAGGAAAAGUGUCACUGACUCUCGAAGAUAUCAGAAGACUUUCAACUAGCGAUCAGUCUCAUUGGUUUGCAUUAAGAGGAACCAAAUCGGGAUCCGUUGAGCUAAAAGUAAAAGUUCUCAGUGAAGAAUGUGAAACACAAAGUACAUAUACUGCAAGUAAUAUAAGUGAAGCUUCAACACGACCAAGUGCUGAACCCGAAAUAAUAUCCAACAUUGUUCGACGACCAUCAAUGGAAAAAUCAAAAAUGAGAUUACAUUUGGAACAUGUUGUUCCACCACCACCGCCACCACGAACAGUCACUCUACUAAAACCACCAUCCAAUAAUCACUCUGAAAUAUAUUUUUGUCCAAUAGACAAAGCAAGUACAACGAGUAAAGAAUCCAAUGAAGUUAAUGGAGUAACAAAUUCAUGGACACCACGUGUCAUCACCGAAACAAUUUCCGAUACUGUUGAUGAAGCUGAUUCAAAAUUACACGAAAGAAGAUCAUCGCAUCAUAGUUUAACUCCAAGUCCCGAACAAAGUUUUGGCAAAAAAAUGCCACAGUAUAAUAGUUUUCGAGUUAUGAAACAAAAGAUGAAAAGAGGAUUAAAAUUACGUAGGUUUCGUUCGGAGGUGAAUAUUGAAGAUAAAUGUGAUACAACAAAAGGAGUGACAUUGAGUUUAGAACCAAGAGGUGGAGGUGAGGCAGAUGCCACGGAACUUUUACAAGGGGCAUUGUCGCACGCUGUAUCACAACCUGAUAUGUUGGGAAGAAUAAGACAACCCAGUCCUAGAAUGAGAAUGCGACCAAAUGACCUGAAAAUUCUUAACGGAACAAGAGAAAAAUAUUCUGGAAUCGAGGGUAAAGUGCUACAAGCUCAAGGACUUCAUGUGGCACACAUUGCGCAACUUUACUGUCGAAUUAAAUUUCAAACAUGCUCAAGUCCUGACAAAAUUUUACCAUCAAUGAACAAUGGAAAGACAAUAGCCAAGUCACGACUGUUACCAGCGAUGCCUAAUCCACAAUUUAGUAUCGAUUUUCAAAUUGAUGGUGAUAGUAUUCCGAGGCAAGCGAUGCUUGUUUUUGAAAUUAGAAGUGCCAGCAAAGAAUUGCUGGCUAGUCGACGAAUAACUCUACAUGAAUUAUUAGGUGCAACAGCAGCAACAAAUGAAAUUCACUCCUGGCUGGCUCUCAACAAUGGAGCAUCGCUUGAAGUUCAAAUUGCUCACGGUCGUGAGCUUAAAAGUAAGUCAACAAAGAAACUGUUCCGAUCGUGGUCUGUUCAUCGUAUCGGGAAAAUAUGAGGUCAAAUGAAAGUCAGAGCUUUCUGACAAAAAAACUGCCUGCCUUGUUGCUCCAAGGACGAAUGAGAAAAAUAUAAACUAAAUACGAGAGCAACUUUUCGACAUUACGAAAAAAAAAAAAAUUCAAAUGCAAUAAAAAAGAAAUGCAAAUUGAAAAGAAUUCUUCCAAAAUAAAUUCAUAGGGCCCCAAAAAUGUAUUAUCAUUAAAAAUGAUAAUAAGAAUAAAGUCUGUAAAUACUCAUUAUUGAUAUUAUCAUUCCGAGAGAUGAGAAUUAAUAUGUAUAUUGUAAAUUAUAUAUUACUGCGAUUUUAAUUUUACAAAAAGAAGCUACGAGAGAAAAAAAAAUAUAUAUAUAUUAUACACAGAAGCUUUAAAGAAUGUGAAAAAAAAAAUGAACUGAAUAUUGUAGAUGAGCUUUUAUACGUGUACCUAUAUUUAUGUCUGAAUUAUAAAAAUUAUUAUUCCAAUUCGUUGAAGAAACGCUUUUACUUCGUUUUCUUUUUUUUUAUAUGUAUAUAUGAAAAUAAAUUGUAUUUUUCAUGAUUCUCCAAAUAAUCAGAUUUCUCAUUCUUAUCCAAAAACAAAAAAUACUUUAUACAUUUUUAAAUUUAUCAACUUUUAUAAUCAUCUUAAAUUUCUAAUUUUAUGAAUAAAUUCCAAAUUUCAUGAUUUAUAAUUUAAUACUUGUUUAUACACACAUUUACAUUUAUUUAAUAAUUGAUAACAAAUAAAUAUCGAUAUUAUUCUCUGCAUGGCAAUUGAAUAAACUUUUAACAAUCAGAAUUUACUCAUUGCCCAAGGAAAAAUCUAUACACCUUUUUUUCUUUUUCUUAAAAUUAUACACGUAUUAUUAUCUACUGCCAUAAAUCUAUAAUAUAUAUAAAUAUAAUAUUUCAAAUACCAGUGGCAAAUUCAAUUUGAAAUAAAUGAUUAUGUACCGUUCAAAAGAAAGUGCUAUUAACGUUCAAGCAUAUAUAAUAAAAUUAACUUUUAUAUAUAAUAUAUAAAUAUUAAACAAA